UAUAUACAUAGCCACACCUUUCUCUGAUUACCUUCAAAUCUUAGAAUUUGAUCUCUCUUAGUUUCUUCAUCAGAAAUUCAAAUUGUGGCCUUAAAAAUGAGGAGGAAUUGUAAUUUGGAACUCCGACUUGUACCACCUACGGCCUCUGAUCUACUACAUUCAUCAGAUUACAAUUCCCACCAUCAACAACAACAACAACCUAUGGUGGGCGUUUUUAGAAAUACUGAAAGCAUAACGGAGGAGAAACAGCUAACCAUUUUCUACAAAGGAAGGGUCAGCGUUUGUGAUGCAACUGAGCUUCAGGCUAGAGCCAUCAUAAUGCUUGCAAGUCGAGAAAUGGAGGAAAAAUUGAAGAGCCCAACUAGUUGGGAGCCCUCUUCACCAUUGCUACAAUCUCAACUGUGCAGUCCUACUGCCCUUUCUGUGAAGAGAUCAUUGCAACAAUUCCUUCAAAAGCGAAAGAAUCGAAUCCAAGCAGUGUCUCCUUACUAGUCAAAAAUCACUUAUUCAAAUGGCUUAUUUUGUUUAUUUGAUUCAUUUGGAAGGGGGAACAAUCUUGUAGGAAUACGUCAUAGAGAAUGAGAUUUUGCGACUUGAGAGGGCUGUAAAUUAGAUAUUGACAAAAUGCUAAAUUUGGGGAAAAUUAAGUGUUAGUUCUAUCUCUCGAUGAUUAGUUAUUAUUAUUAUUAUUAUUAUUAUUAUUAUUAUUUUGUUUCUUA